UUAAGGUCACCUAUUAACAACCUAACACUGAAAAUACAAAUAAUUACAAAAAUUGCCACUGAAAGCACUCACUUCAAGAUGCUAGGCCUCUCCAAUUUCACAUUCGACAAUUGCAGUUUGCAAUUUCGUCCCCUUCGAUCUUGUUUCCGCCGCCACCUCCAGUUGGUCCUCCCUCCACAAGCAAUUAGUUCAUUUUGGCUGCAAUUGAUGGUGUGUUUUGGCCUCCUCCACUCCAGCGUCCUCUUCGAGAAUUCCGAUUUCGUUCGAGCUCGGACCCGACGACAAUUACCGCCUCCAAUCAGAGCCCUCCUCCAGCCAAAUUCACCAACCACCGCCGCCAGCUUCCGAUUGACUUUGGUGUUUUACCAUGGCUGUGUUCUUUUUGGCGAUCGACUGCUCUUCUCUCUUCACAUCUUGAAGCUUUUCACCAAAACCAGAAGCAGGUUAUUAGCAAGCUUGAACGCCGCACUGUUGCCUACCAUGAGUCAGGGCAUGCAUUGUUGGUGGACUAACUGGCUUCCAUAUGUGCCUUAUAGGUACCAAUCAGGUGACGUUCCUCGAAUCAAGAGAUAGACUUGGUGGCCGGUUUCAUACUGAUUACUCAUUUGGUUGUCCAGUAGAUAUGGGAGCAUCAUGCCCUACAUCACUCUUCACAUUUUGAUGAAUUUGUGGCAGUGUGCAGUGAAGCAACAGCACAACCCAAUUCCCUAAAAGCAAGAACAUGGAAGCUUUUAAAGAGCUUGUCUCCACCUGUAAUGGCUACAGCUCUGCUCUUAUCUCCAAUCUUCAUUACUCCUGAUAAUCACACUCUUGCUGGGUUUAGCUUCGUUCAGUAUGUAAUACUUGUUUCAGUUUCAAUUUGAUGAAUGUUUAGUUGUAGACAAAUAAAUUUGUGCUUGUUGCUUUAGUGGGUAAAUUUGUAUUUUAGCAUCAGAACCUUUUUUGGAUUAGAUUUUCAGUUGAAGCUCGAGUUUCUGUGCUUUGAGGGUGUCAUUUUUUGCUUCAUAAUCAAAUUGGUGAAAAUCCCUCCCCUAUUACUAUUGCUAUCAUAUGUUAGGAGUUGCUUCUAGUUUUCAGGUAUCGCAAAUGAAUGGAAAGAAUUGGAUAUUUUGAG